AUGGGCAUCAAGCACAUCCACAGCAAGCAAGAGUGGGAGGCUCUCCUCGCCGAGGGCAAGCCCAUCGUUGUCGACUUCCACGCCGUCUGGUGUGGUCCUUGCAAGGCCAUUGCUCCUAUCUACGAGAAGGCCUCCGAGGAUACCGCCAACGCUAACGUCACCUUCGCCAAGAUCGACGUCGAUGAGGUCUCCGACGUAACCAGGGAGCUUGGCGUCACUGCCAUGCCCACCUUCAUCCUCCUCAAGAACGGCUCCAAGGCCGGCGAGGUCCAGGAGGACGAAUUUAGUGCCGGAGUUGUUGGCCUUUCGAGCGCCCUCUUCCUGUCCGAUGACCCCGAGAAUCAAGUGACUGUGGUGGCCAAGUUCAUGCCCGGCGACUUUGAUAUCGAGUACACGUCGCCAUGGGCCGGUGCCAAUGUUUUGCCUAUGGCAGCCGAGGCAGACAGCCGAUGGGAGAGACGAACCUGGGAACACCUUCGAAAGUUGACCGAGAAUGAGCCCUCUGCCGGCAUCCAUUUCCAAAACACCCGAGUGUACCGUCGUGACAAAGACGCACCAGAGUAUCCCAGCAGCAACUUCUACGAUGCCCUAUUUUCCAAGGACCCGUGGUACAAGACCAUGUUCGACGGGUACCGAGAACUCGGCGGACGAGAUCCCCGCCGGGCACGACUCGGGCUGCGAAUUCACCUCACUCUGCAUCAACACGCAAAUCUUCCUCCCUGGCUCGCGAGCCGCUGCCUCGCCAACGGCGUCGUGUUCAAGCGCGCCGUCGUCAAGCACGUCGCCGACGCCGCCGCCUUCGCCGGCGGCAGUAGUAGUGGUAGUCCCAGCAGCUCGCCGCCGCCGCCCACCAUCGUAGUCAACGCGACGGGCCUAGGCGCGCUCAAGCUCGGCGGCGUCGAGGACCAGAGCAUGGUCCCCGCGCGGGGCCAAAUCGUCGUCGUGCGCAACGAGGCGCCCUACAUGAUUGCCACGUCGGGCACCGAGGACGGCGGCGUCGAGGUGUGCUACGCCAUGACGAGGGCGGCGGGCGGCGGCACCGUGCUCGGCGGCACCUACGACAAGGGCAACUGGGACCCGACGCCGGAGCCCAACGUCGCGGUGCGCAUCAUGACGAGGGCGGUGGAGCUGUGUCCCGAGCUCGCGGGCGGCAAGGGCGUCGCGGGGCUCGAUAUCAUCCGCCACGGCGUCGGGCUGCGGCCGUUAAGGACCAAGGGCGUGCGCAUCGAGGCGGAGUCGGUGGCGAGCCCGGACGGCGCGGGGAGCGUCUCCGUCGUGCAUAACUAUGGACAUGCUGGGUGGGGGUAUCAGGGUAGUUUUGGGUGCGCGGAGAGGGUCGUUGAGCUGGUCAAGGAGAUUCAGAGUGCGGCGAAGGCUGCUGCGGCAUAG